AUGAGCGAACUAAUAUCAGCUAGAAUGUACUCUGAAGACGGUGUAAGACUAGCUGACAAAUUGUACCGGAGAGGCAAUUUCAAAGGAGCCCUUGACAUUCUUCGUACACUAACAUUUGUUUUCCCAAACACAUCUACGAACCAUCGUAAGAUCUCGCAGGUCCAUCUGGCUCAUGAAAUUCACUGGAGACAGUUCUUGAACAUCGUGGCUAAGCUCGCUCCCGAGAGAAACAAAUCUGUUGCUGCCAAGUUAGCUUUAAGGAUCAUCAACACAGCGUGGAUGAUCUUGUGUGAUCCUGACAGGAGUAGGGCUCGCAACGUCGAACAAGGGUUUAGGAACAUGUUUCGAGAAGAUGAAAUGCAUGUGCAAUCAGUGAGGGAGGGAAAACGUCCUUGUGUUGAUAUUAUCGAUACUGAUUCUGAUUCUGAUUAG